UGUAUACAGAAAAUUAAGAAUAAUUAUAAUAUACCACAAAUAUCUUCAAAUUUAAAUCAUGAAAUUCUAGAUCAGAACGAAAUUGACAACUUACAGAAUAUUUUUUUAAAUAAUGAUCACACUUGUACUUUUCCAAAUGCAGUAAAAAACAGAAUGAACAUGGAAGUAGCUUAUUAUAAAGCAGCUGUAAAACCUAACUGUACAGAAUUAAUUAAAAUUAAUGAAAAUGAGGAAAUUAUUUUAGAUAUGUCGCAUGAAGAAAUUAGUUCAAAAGACAUAGAUUCAGUUAAUGCGAAUUGUAAAGGAGUUAACAUUCAAAAUGAUACCAAUUUCAUAAAGGACCGUGAAGAGGACAUACUAGAUAUUCAUAAGUCCAAUUAUAAUAUUCAAAAUAAAAAAAAUGAUUUUCUAAAUGAUGUUUCAGAUAAUAGUGAUAAUGUUGAAUUAAUAGAAGAUUCAAAUCAAGAACUGGAUUCUCAAAUUGCAAAUGAUCCAAUUCAUUUACCCAAAAGUGAAAGUUCUAUUGUGGUUACUAUAAGUGAUAGUGAUAAUUCUAUGAUUGAUGAUCGUAGAAAAAAUGAUAAUUUAAGAAAUAAUAAAUUAAAUCGUGAAAACAUAGAAAUUUCACAAAUAGAAAAAGUAAUUAAUUUUAAUAUAAAAUUAAAGUGCUUGUUGAGUAUUGAUAAAAAUGCAAAAGAAAUUUAUCAGAAACAAAUAAUAAAUGCAAUAUGUGAACCAAAUUCUGCUCCCAUAAGUCAUCAAAAAAUUGCUAAUUCAUCUACUUCUACAUGUUUAGCAGAUAUAUCAAGUUCUGAUAACAAAGAUAGCUCACCUGCUUCUACAAGUGCUUUUCAAUUACAUAAUUUACAACCUUCGAGACUAUCAUUUGUUUCUAGCAUUAGUAGUUCAAGUUCUGCUUCAUGUACAGUACCUUUAACAACAACAAAAUCUAACAACGAAACACAAUUUUCAUAUCGGCCAUGGCCCCUAAAAUAUUUUAAAAAAAAUGCUAAUCGUUUAAAUUCAGAAGAUAAACAAAAUUGGGAUGCAUUUGAAAAAUUAACCAAAGAAUGGAAAAAUAGUCAUAUAAUUAUUUCAACAAUAAUAAAUUUUUUAAAUAAUGAAAUUUUCUUUCCUGAUAAUGGAUCUUGUGAUAAUGGAAACUCUGAUUUAACAGAAAAUAAUCAGAUUCUUCGCUCUUCAACUCCAGAAAUUGAGGUUAACAACAUUUCAAAUGUACAACCAACAAAAAAAAAUGUUAGGAAUGACAAAGUUAAUAAACAAUUAAAAAAUUCAAAAAUUAUAAAAACAAGUAAGGAAAUAGAAACUAAUACAAUAUCAGAAUUAGAUAAUGAAUUUCUUGAAAAAGAAGUAUUUGCUAAAUGGUCUGAUAAUAAUUAUUAUCCAGGAAAAGUUUGCGCUAUUAUAAAAACUAAAUAUAAGGUAAACUUUUUUGAUGGCAAAACUAAACUGCUUUUGCCAGAUUUUAUUCUUCCCAUUAACAAAAAUUUGGAGACUGGUUCCUCUGUAUAUACAUAUAGUAAUGAUGAUAAAUAUGCUUCUUCAGGAUUGAUCAUAAAUAUUGAAAAAAAAGCUCAAUUAAUUAGGGAACAAAUACUCAAAACAAGUAUAGUAACAACAAUUCCUCAACAAUUGAGUUACAUAACAUUAGAUAAUGUUCUUUCUAGUAAACGAAGAUCUAAGAAAACGACUGUGCUAAACAUUCAUACAACUGAAUUUCAAAAAUCUUCAAUUGAUAGAAGUAAUAAAUCUAAACCAUCAGUAUCUGGAAUGCAAAAUAAAUUGAAACAAAAAAUUGACAAUGAUAAUAGAAAAAUGAUUAUUUAUAAUCAUAAAGGAUGGACAAAAUUUCUUGGAGUUCAAAAUGAAAUAAUAGAUGUAUUACAAAACGAAAUUAUUAAAGAACCUUUGAGUAAAGUGAAGGGAAAGUCUCGUUAUCCAAAGAAAGUAGAAAGUUCAGAGGAUCUUGAAAUACUAGGACCUAUACCAGAGGCUAAUUCAAAUAUUUUUAAGGGAAUGACAUUUAUACUUAGUUGUGUUUCUCUCAAAACACUUAUAAGGUAUCAAGUGGCAAGUGUAAAUAAUGAUUCUAACUCUGAAUCAGGAACUGAAAAUGAAGAAGAAUGGGUAAAACGUCCAUUUUUAAGAUAUCGCUUGCAAACACAAAUAACUGCUGGUGGUGGUAAGGUUUAUGAUCAUUUUGAAGACAUUCCAUCAGAGGAGUAUUUACAUACAAAGCAUAUAACAAAUUUGCCAAAUUUGUCAAAGAAUAGUUUACUUUGUUUAUCAGUAGGAAUUAGAAGUUAUAAUCAUCAAUGGGUGAUUAGAAGUUGUUUACAGAACAAGGCAAUUGAACCUGCAGAGGAAGAACUUCCAGCAGGAUGGAGCUUGGAUAAACAAGCUUAUAUUGAUAUUUAUCAAAGACCUAAAAAUAGACCAUUAGAACAUACUAUUAUUGCAAUACCUUUAUUAGAAUGUGGACAAACAUUUGUAGAAUUUUGGAAAAAAAUUUGUGAAAAUGCUGGAGCUGCUGUUCAAAUUCUUGAAAAUCCAGAUAAAUCUUUUAUGGAAGUGACAAUUAUACUUGCCAAUGUAAAGUGCCCCUUAUGGGUUAUUGAACAAGCAAAGAAUUGGCAUAUUCCGAUUCUGUCAACAAUUUGGUUAGUGCAAUGUUUGAUUGAAGGAAAGCUUUGCUCAUUUGAUACCAAACAAGUGUACAAAUCUCCACUUUCAGAUUCUUCAUUUUAAUUCAUCCAUCAUUUAAUGUAAUUAUUUAAAA